AUGAAGGACUCCCUGUUCAAUGAACGAGUACCUGUUCAGUGCUCAAGCGAUGCCGUGUCAUCAAUCCUUACAUGCGAUAUAACCCUUGAAAACGAUACUCUUCAAAUUAAGCUUAUCGACACCAACGAUAUAUUUAAGUUCUAUCAGUGCACGAUUACGGGCACAUCAUACGUGCAUCUGAAGAAUGAGCAGGAACUGCGUGUAAAUUUUGAAAAUUUUGUCAGAAAGGUGAUUGAGCUGUUCUACCAGUCAAAAAACGGCAGGAUGAAGGCUUUAUUUGACAAAGAUAGUGAUCGGUUUAUAUUCGUAGAGCAGAAUGAAUUUAGAAACAUUGUAAGGUUAGAGUUACGGUUUAAGGUGCCGGACGAGAACGACUACAAGAGAUAUCUGGCCGAUAUGAUAAGUAGAAUGGAGGUUACAGGUGUGAAACUGCGAAAGGAGAAUGUGCAGCUAAAGGAGAGUUUGCGUAAUUUGGAAAAUGAAAUGGGCACGAGGGUAGCAGACCUGACAGGCAGGAAUAGGGUGCUAGACGAGCACUUGUGUAGAAUUAAGAGUAAGAUGGAAAGCAUGGAGAAAGAGAAUGACAGCUUGGUUGGAGAAAGAGAAGAAUUGAAGAAGCGGAUGGUGGAGAUUGAGAAGGAGAACAGCACGUAUAAGUUUGAAAUUGAGAAGAAGAAAAUAGAGGAGUACAAAAAGGAGCAAGAGUUUUUGAGAUUAAAGGAAGUGGAGGAGUGCAAAAAUGGCCUGGAAAAAGAAAUAAAAGUGGCUAACGAUAUCAUAAGGAAGCUUAGAGAUGAUCUAAAGAGGCAGAACGAGGGCAAAGAGAAUAUGAGCGAAACUAUCGAAAAACUCAAGGAUGAGAACGAGAAGCUGGUGAAAAGCAAUGAAGAUACCAAGAAGAAUGCCAAGGAGAAGGAAGACAAAAUACGCGGACUGAAAGAGAACCUGAAGAGAAAGGAUGAGAGGAUAAAGAAUCUGGAGAUGGAUAAAAAGCAGCUCAUUAAAAAAAUGGAAGAAGCAAAAUUCGUGUACAACCAUUUCUAUAAGAAGAGAGAAGGGGAGAUCAGUAGUGUCUCAGAAAGUCAGAAUAGCACGUUUAGUGUUCAUCCCGAGUCACCGCCUCGUUAAUGUCCAGGAAAGAAUGCGAUGCGAUCAGCUGUGAUUUGGUGAGUGGGGUUUACUGUGAAACUGCGUCACAAGUGAUAAGAAAUACUUUGCCGAAGCGUGCUACGCCUAUAAACACAUCCAUGAAGCAUUGCUUAAAGCACCUUUCCACUGCUGAUUAACUUGGUUGCUUGCUGUGCACAAAGUAACGCUUUGUUCUUCAUUAAAAUUGUCAUUUAUAGCCGA